AUGGAGGAAGUAGAACGAGCAUGUAUAGAGUUUAUCGUAGGGGGUUUAGCAAACUUGACUCUACAUUCAACUUUGUUAGACAGGAUUAAAGCAGGACAAGAUAAAGAUUUGCAAAUACUAAAGUAUAAACAAGGAAUCCAAGAUGGAAGUAGCAAAGGUUUUACUCUUAGUAACUGUGGAACAAUGAGAUAUAAGGAACGGAUAUGUGUGCCAGCUAAUUUAGAAAUUAAGAAGGAGAUUCUUGAUGAGGAAGAGAUUACUAUGGACUUUGUGGUGGGGUUACCUAAGACCACAAAGCAACAUGAUUCAGUCUGGGUGAUCGUGGACAGGUUCACAAAAUCUGCACAUUUUAUACUUGUCAGAACAGUAUUCACAGCAGAACAUUAUCAGUUGACUAUUGGAGUAGCACCAUACGAGAUGCUCUACGAAAGAAAAUGUAGGUCACCAAUUCAUUGGGAUGAGACGUGCGAAAGUAAGUAUUUAGGCCUAGAGGCAAUACGAGAAACAAAUGAAGUUAUUGCCAAGAUAAGAGAGUGCAUGAUCGCCUCGCAGGAUCGACAAAAGAGCUAUGCUAAUCCUAAGCGUAAGCACGUUGAGUUCCAAGUGGGAAAUCAUGUAUUCUUACGUGUUUUGCCUAUGAAAGGAAAUAAGAGAUUUGAUAAGAAAGGAAAGUUAAGUCCUCGAUUUGUUGGACCAUUCAAGAUUUUAGAGAGAAUUGGGGAAGUGGCUUAUAGGUUAGCCAUGCCUCCAUCUUUGUCAGGAGAACACAACGUUUUUCAUGUGUCCAUGUUACGCAAGUAUGUUUCAGAACUAUCUCACAUUCUUAGUUAUGAGGCUUUGGAUAUGAAACCAAACCUAUCAUAUGAAGAGAAGUCCAUAAAGAUUCUUGAUAAGAAGGAAAAAGCAUUACGGAAUAAGACAAUCAAUUUAGUCAAGGUCCUUUGGGAAAACGGUUCUACUGAAGAUGCAACGUGGGAGUUGGAAAUCGAUAUGAAGGACGAAAUUUCCUUUUAG